ACAAUGCUUCAGAAGCACCUUCCGAUGUUGAAUAUACAAUACAAUUAUACCCUUCAAUCAUCAUCAUGGGUUUGUCUUCCCCUUCCCGGAAACCUCUUCCAAGUUGCUUUGCUUGCAGACAGUCUCGCCACGAUUGACUUGGAUUUGAUGUCAGCUUCUUCCUUUCUGCCUGGACCUUCCUCGUCCUCCUUCACUUUUGUCUUCCCAUGGCCUCUCUUUCUUCGAAAUCCCCCACUCCCACAACCCAGUUCAUAUAUCCGUCCCUCCCACCCUCUGGCGUACCCAUCUCACCUCUCCUCCCCCACCGCCUACUACAAUCUCUCAGGCCCUCCCCGCUUCCUUCGCGGUUCUUGGAUCUUCGCCGAUGGGGUCGCGCGGCCCGGCCUCGGCCCCGAGCUUCCACGACUUCUUGCCGGCCAUGGCCGAGAAGCUCGGCGGGGACGGCCUGAUCGGCGAACUGUGCAAAGGGUUCCGCCUCUUGAUGGACGGGGACAAGGGGGUCAUCACGUUCGACUCUCUCAAGAGGAACUCUGCUCUCCUGGGGCUGCACGGCCUGGGGGACGACGAUCUGCGGUCCAUGAUGAGGGAGGGCGACUUCGACGGGGACGGGGCGCUGAACCAGAUGGAGUUUUGCGUUCUGAUGUUCAGGCUGAGCCCUGAGCUCAUGGAGGACGCGGACUCGUUCUUGGAAGAUGCUCUUAAACAAAGAACUCAAGGCCUUUAGAUGAUGAUGAGGAUGAUCUCUAUCUCUCUUCUUCUUCUUCUUCUUCUUUUCUUUUUUCCUUUUUUGAGGAUAAGACCCGAAGGGCUGAACAUGGCUGCCCGGGGUGGGCUUUUACAAUUAAACCUGCAGAGCUUGUACCUUUGCAUCAAUGGUGGAUUCUCACUCUCUCUCUUUCUUUCUCAAAUAAUUUUUAUAGCUUUGAUCUUUGU